AUGGCACAUUCUUCGUCUGCUGAUGCAAGACGACCGGUGCUGUCGGUGGCCGCAGAGCCGAAUGUCACCGUACGCGCCAAAAUGAUGUCGGCAUGCGUUGGCAGCUGCCUAACGACGCUUGUGCUGACGCCAAUGGACGUGGUAAAGACGCGUAUCCAAAGUGAAAGUGUUAUCCAGGAGCUGGCACGCGGCGGCGCUAGCAGCGUCAAGGGCAAUGCGACUGUUGGUCUUCCUGUAGCCGUUACGUCGCGUCCUUUGCGUGGUUUCGUUCCGGGAAUUGUGCAAAUUGCGCGUUACGAAGGCAUUGGCAGUCUCUGGCGCGGUGUGCUGCCUUCGUUAGCAAUGUUGCUGCCUGCAAACACUGUGCAAUUCCUUGGGUAUGAGACUGUCCUCCCUCGACUGACCGACUGGAAUGUUCCAGCGUCAGCAGCAGUGGCAGGAGCAUUUGCUCGUUGUUUUUCGGCUACCAUUGUCUCACCCAUCGAGUUGUUUCGGACGCGAAUUCAAGCAGCCGGCAGUCACUAUCACCAGCUGCAUCCUGGUGCCGCCCACACUCCCGCAGCAGCUCGAGCAGCUCUUGUCCGACUCGUAUUCUCGGGCAUGCGUGACAACGUUCGUGAGUUUGGUUUCCUUAGUCUUUGGAGCGGCGUCAGUCUGACGCUUUGGCGCGACGUUCCUUUCAGUGCGUUUUACUGGUGGGCGUAUGAACAGUGUCGAGCCUUUUUCCUCCAGCAUCCUCGUCUAAGGCUGCUUCCGCCUGGUUACUCGGCGGGUGAUCCCGACAUCAACUUCAUGAGCGGCGGAAUCGCCGGAAUCGGUGCGAGUUUGCUUACACAGCCCUUCGACGUAUCGAAGACGGCCCGCCAGGUGCACGGCCAACACCUGUCCCGCGGCCAAGCCCUGCGUAUUCUCUGGAACAGAGGCGGCGUCCGAGCCCUCUGGACCGGCACGCUCCCUCGCUGUGCCAAGGUAGCCCCUUCGUGCGCAAUUAUGAUAUCCACCUACCAUUUCAUGAAGCACCUUUAUGAGCGGCCCCGCCCGUCCGACUACUGA